UUUUUCUCUUUCCCUGUUAGCUGUGAAAAUUCCAAUAGUAUUAUCAGGGCUUAAACCCAAAACCCUACGCUGCUACUAGGGGAAACAGUCGGCCGUUCGUUCUCAACGUUUAUCGAAACUUUCCAGUCUCAAUGCCAAUCAAACUCUUUCCACACCUCCGUUUUCUCAACUCCUGUAGUCCCAUCGCCUCAUUUUCCGCCAUGAAACCGGGAUCGUUAUCUAAGCCUUCUCGAGCCAUGCCCAUUUUGUCUCGGGUCUUCUCGCACAAGCUUAAGUACCGACCUUUCAGGUUUCCCCUUCAGCCGCAGGCCAUGAAAGGCCAGUUUGGUCACCGAAAAUUAUCGACCUGGUCCGGGAGAGGUGGACCCCGCGGGAAAUCGGGUUCUGGCCGUGAAAGUCGGGUUCAGAAGAGUCUGGUGGAUGAUGAAGCUGAUCUCAGUGACUGGGUUAGCGGGUUGAGGUCUGAUUCGUAUCUGAAAACUAAGGUUUAUAGCGACAGCGAUGACAAUGAUGAUAGUGAUGGUGGUGGCUUUGCUGAAAAAUCUAGUAGCAGUAGAGGGACAAGGGAGAGAUUGGAUGACGGCGGCAGAGGGCAAAGGGGGAGAGGGGAUGGCAACGGUAGAGGGCAAAGGGGGAGAGGGGAUGACAACAGUAAAUGGCAAAGGAGUAUAGGCGAUGAUGGUGGCAGAGGGCGAUCACUGAGAGAAGAGAGAACUUCAAGGGAGGGAGGCAGGCUUGGCAGUGAAGCAAGAUCUGAUAGGAGGAAUGUUGGGCCUGAUAGAGUGCAGUCCUUUUCAAAAAGAGGUGUGAAAACAGGAAAUGAAGAUAGAUCCGACAGGAGAAAUAUGGGAUCUGAUCGAGUUCAGCCAUUUCCGAGGAAAGGCGGGAGGUUUGAGGUCGGAGUGAAAAAGAGAGGUAUGGAAGAGAUUGACGCUGGAUACAGUAAGGACAAGAUCAGAAGUAUUGGUCGUGGUGGGAUGGUAAAGAAAAGUGGGAGGAAUGAGAUUGGUGGAAAAGGUUUAUCUUUGUUAAGUGAAGAUGAAGAUGAUGAGGAUGACGACGACGAGGAUAGUGGAUAUAAAGGGUUCAGUGGUUUGAUAGACAGCAAUGAUGAAGACAGUGAAGAAGAAGCAGCUAGUGGGGAUGAUGAUGAUGAUGAUUGUACCAUUGAGAAAGAAACAGUCCCAUAUUCUUCUUCUUCUCUGGGAAAGGAAGUUAUCUCGCAGGCCUCCUCUGGAGGAGGGGUAAUUGGGUCAUACCUUAGUGAUACUAGAUUUGAUCAGUUUUCACUCUCACCCCUAUCACUAAAAGGAAUCAAAGAUGCCGGAUAUGAAAAGAUGACACUCGUUCAAGAAGCAACCUUUCCCCUCAUUUUGAAAGGCAAAGAUGUCCUAGCCAAGGCCAAAACUGGAACCGGAAAAACCGUAGCAUUUUUACUUCCUUCGAUUGAAAUCGUCCUGAAGUCAGCUCUUGCCACCCGCGACCAAAAACUCCCUCCGUUUCUUGUCCUCGUGGUGUGCCCCACCAGAGAACUUGCAAGCCAAGCGGCAGCUGAAGCCAACUCUCUUUUGAAGUAUCAUCCCACGAUCGGGGUUCAAGUCAUCAUAGGUGGAACGCGUCUCGCUCUAGAGCAGAAAAGGAUGCAAGUGAAUCCGUGUCAGAUCCUAGUUGCGACGCCCGGACGGCUCAAAGACCACAUUGAGAACACGGCUGGUUUCGCGACCCGUUUAAUGGGUGUCAAGGUUUUGGUUCUGGACGAGGCUGAUCACUUGCUAGACAUGGGUUUCCGUAAAGACAUUGAGCGAAUAAUCUCUGCAAUCCCUAAACAACGGCAAACACUCCUUUUUUCUGCCACUGUCCCCGAGGAAGUCCGUCACAUCUCCCACAUUGCUUUGAAAAGAGACCACGAAUUCAUCAACACCGUUAAGGAGGGAAGCGAGGAGACACAUUCUCAAGUCCAACAGAUGUAUCUGGUUUCCCCUUUAGACAAACAGUUCCCACUCGUUUAUUCAAUGCUCAGAGACCACAUUGCUGAGGAUGUGAAUUAUAAGGUUCUUGUCUUUUGCACGACAGCUAUGGUAACAAGGCUCGUAGCAGAGCUUCUCGGGGAGCUUCACCUGAAUGUUCGGGAAAUACAUUCCCGAAAACCCCAAAGCUACCGAACACGGGUUUCGGACGAGUUCAGGAAAUCAAAAGGCCUUAUCCUUGUGACGUCUGAUGUGUCAGCCCGUGGAGUGGAUUAUCCCGACGUGACCCUUGUGAUACAGAUUGGGCUCCCAUCUGACAGACAGCAGUACAUACAUAGGCUGGGACGGACGGGGAGGAAGGGUAAAGAAGGGAAAGGGGUGCUGUUGUUGGCGCCUUGGGAGGAGUUUUUCUUGUCGACCGUCAAAGAUUUGCCUAUGAAAAAGGCAGGAGCUCCAUUGGUUGAUCCGGAAAUGAAGAAGAAAGUUGAGAAGGCCCUUUCACUCGUUCAGAUGAAGAACAAAGAAGCUGCUUACCAGGCUUGGCUCGGGUAUUAUAAUUCAAUCAAGACUGUUGGUGGGGACAAGUAUAGGCUUGUUGAGUUGGCCAAUGAGUUUAGUAGGAGCAUGGGGCUUGACAACCCUCCUGCCGUUUCUAAGCUCGUGCUGGGUAAGAUGGGGCUUAAGAAUAUUCCUGGCUUGCGUUCCAAGUAGGUAUGAGGAGGGAGUUUCAUACUAAACUUGUUGGGUUUUGUAGAUUUUCAGUUUAUUGAUGUUCUUAAAGGACAUUAUGUUUCUUUUCUGCAUUUCGUAAUGUUCAUUGAUGUGGAUCAGUUUUUCUUCUGCUCUAUUUAACGCUUGUUCCUCUUACUCCAAAUCGAAGUCUUUUUAUCGCAUAUUUACUGAUGAAAUUGGUUGAAUAUAAAUGAGUAGUAAAAAAGU